AUGGCUGGAUCUGGAAUGAGUGAGCUUCGUGCUCCCAUUUUCAAUGGCAACAACUACGAUUUUUGGAGAAUCAAGAUGUGUACGAUUUUCAAAUCUCACAAGCUCUGGGAUAUGGUAGAAUCUGGGUUUGAACAACCAGUGAAGAAGGAGGAUAGUGAAGCUCUGACUACAGCUCAGAAGCUUGCACUGGAGGAAAAUGUAGCAAAGGAUGCUAAGGUGUUGGGUUUGAUUCAGAGUGCAGUCUCUGAUGAAAUUUUUCCUAGAAUCACUCUACAAGAAUCUGCCAAAGCAGCUUGGGAGAUUUUGCAACAGGAAUUUCGAGGAGAUAAGAUGGUACGAUCUAUAAAAUUGCAAGCACUUAGAAGGGAUUUUGAAAAUACUCAUAUGCAAGAUGAUGAGUCUCUAUCUGGGUAUAUAACCAAAUUGCUUGAGCUUCUAAAUCAAAUGAAGUCUUAUGGAGAGGAUAUUUCUGAUCAAAGAAUCGUACAGAAACUUUUGAUUAGUUUAUCUAGAGAAUAUGAUUCUAUUGCAGAGGUGAUAGAGGAGACUAAAGACAUAGAGACCAUAGGAGUUCAGGAGGUUAUUGGCUCUUUGAAAUCCCAUGAACAACGGUUGCAAAGGCACACUGAGAAACUGACAGAAAAGGCUUUCUCUAGCCUAAGUGUGAACCCCAAAGAGCAGUCAAAUGUUGCACAAGAUGGGAGUUCUAAGUCCAAGAAGAAUUGGAAAUUGCAAAACAAGAAGAAAUGGGAGGGGAGGUUUGGUCACUUGGCAAAGGAUUGCAAUGGGAAAACACCUCAGGCAGCUCAUUAUGCAAAGCAUAUGGAGGAAGAAGGGACAAUGUUCUAUGCUUGUCAUGCUGCCUUUGUAAUCAAGAACAAUAGUGUGUGGUAUGUGGAUAGUGCUUGUAGUAACCAUAUGACCUCACAUGAAUCUCUGCUCAUUGAUAUAGACACCAAUGUCACUGCAAAAGUGAAGAUGGGAACUGGAGAUCUUGUUCAAGCCACUGGUAAAGGCACUCUAGUGAUUGAAACGAAAUCUGGACCAAGGCAUAUAAAGGAAGUCAUGCUUGUACCAGGGUUGGAUGAGAAUCUGCUUAGUGUUGGACAGAUGAUUGAGCAUGGAUAUUUCUUGCUCUUUGGUGAUUCUAUAGUGGAGAUAUAUGAUGACAAGUCACUGAAACACCUUGUGACUAAGGUUCCAAUGACUGGAAACAGAUGUUUUCCUCUCCCCCUUCAGUAUGCAAAUGCAGUAGCUAUGAAGGCAACAAUUAAAGAAACUACAUGGUGUUGGCAUAGAAGAUAUGGUCAUCUAAAUCUUCCUAACUUGAGAAUGUUACAAUAG